AUGAACCGGGGAAUCUCUUUUAGGCACCUGCUCCUGGUGCUGCAGCUGGCGCUGCUCCCGGCAGUCACUCAGGGAAAGGAAGUGGUGCUGGGCAGAAAAGGGGAUACCGUGGAGCUGCCCUGUAAAGCUUCGCAGAAGAAGUCCAUGCCCUUCGCCUGGAAGCACUCGAACCAGACCAGGAUUCUGGGAAAACAGGGCUCCAGCUACUUCGAGACUACAGGUCCCUCCAUGAUGAAAAAUCGCGUGGAAUCAAAAAAAAACCUGUGGGACCAAGGAUCCUUUCCCCUGAUCAUCAAGAAUCUCGAGAUGCAAGACUCAGGGACUUACAUCUGUGAAGUGGAGGACAAGAAGGAGGUGGAACUGCUGGUGUUCGGACUGACUGCCAACUCGGGCACCCGCGUGCUGCAUGGGCAGAGCCUGACCCUGACCUUGGAGAGCCCCCGUGGUAGUAGCCCCUCAGUGCAAUGUAAAAGUCCAAGGAAUAAAAACAUAAACGGGGUCAGUGUCCUCUCAGUGUCCCAGCUGGGACUCCAGGACAGCGGCACCUGGACAUGCACCGUCUCCCAGGACCGGCACACACUGGCAUUCAAAAUACACAUCUCAGUGCUGGCGUUCCAGAAGGCCCCGAGCACCAUCUACAAGAAAGAGGGGGAGCAGGCGGAGUUCUCCUUCCCACUCACCUUCGAAGAGGAAAACCUGGAUGGCGAGCUGAGGUGGCAGGCGGAGGGGGCUUCCUCCCCCAAGUCCUGGAUCACCUUCUCCUUGAAGAACAAGAAGGUGACUUUGCAAGGGGUGACCCAGGACCCCAAGCUCCAGAUGGGUGAGACGUUCCCGCUCCGGAUCACCCUGCCCCAGGCCCUGCCCUGGUAUGCUGGUUCUGGAAACCUGACCCUGGUUCUUGCCGAGGGACAGCUGCACCAGGAAGUGAAGCUGGUGGUGAUGAGAGUGACUCAGCUCCAGAACAAUUUGACCUGUGAGGUGCUGGGACCAACCUCCCCUAAGCUGGUUCUGAGCUUGAAGCAGCAGAACAAGGAGGCAAAGGUCUCAAAGCAGGAGAAGGCCGUGUGGGUGCUGGACCCUGAGGAAGGGAUGUGGCAGUGUCUACUGAGUGACGCGGACCAGGUCCUGUUGGAAUCCAAGCAGGAGGUUUUGCCCACACGGUUCCCCCAGGUGCAGCCAGUGCUCCCGAUUGUGCUGGGCGGCUCCGCAGGCCUGCUUUCCAUCGGGCUCGGCAUCUUCUACUGUGUCAGGCACCGAAGGCGCCGGGCACAGCGGAAGUCUCAGAUCAGGAGACUCCUCAGUGAGAAGAAGACCUGCCAGUGUCCCCACCGGUUCCAGAAGACACAUAACCUCAUUUGA